UACCGUCAGCGAUUUUUUAAAAUUAAGUGAAUGAUGAGGGAGAUGAUGAGUUUGUCAGGCGGACGCUGUUUAGAUCCGCACAUGGACAACGGAUUCAAUUUAAAAUAUUUCCCGAUCGACACCGAGUACAAGUCGCUCAUGGUUGAGGACGUGAUUCUCUGGAAUCACGGAUUCGGCUCACGUCUGGAACAAAGUUUAUUAGCGGCCUUGAAGCCGGAAGAAGUGGCCGAUAUAGAAAUGAUGAUCGUUGCCAUCAUGAAUUGUUUAUUCGUCAGAAAUCAAGCCAUGGUCGAACACUUUCGGAUGUUUGAACAGACUUUUGAAAAGUCUUCCAUUAUUUCCGUGAUCCUAAAAACUAUAGCUAAACAUCACGGUCCCUAUCUGGACAUUUUUUACUGCACGGCAGUCAUGAAGAAAUGGUUUUACCCCGACGCACCUAACCCUCGACAAGUCAAAAAAGCUGCUUUGAUCCGCCAACAAUUCAGUGAUCAAUAA